AUGUCUGAAGAACCCCCAACACAACUUGAACACUUAGUCCAACAAAUUGCAGUUUUAACCAAACAAAUUAGCGACCUUCAAAAUGUAGUUGCUCAAAUCCCAACAAUAGUAGAAAAUACGAUUAAAGAAACGUUUGAAAAGUAUUUGAUUCUUCCACAAGACUUAUCUCCCGUGUCUACCCAAAAGAGUCAAGAGAAAUGGGCCAAGCCUGCGAAAACCUCAAAGUCGUCUGAGCAAAAAGAUAGUGCGAAGAAAGAGGAGAAGAAAGAGAAGAGGGAGAAAGAGGAGUCCCGCAUAUCGCAACUUACUGUUGGAGAUAAGAAACAAUUAGUUUCAUAUUUAUGUGAGUUACCCGACAAACAAACUGCGUUUGGUGUGAGAAACGGAACGAUUUAUUCUUAUGAUAGGGGAAGUGGUAUUGUAGUUGCUAAUGGCGAACCCGAGGCAUUCCCCGACACUCAAGAUGAAAUAGUGAAUGACAUAGUAACGACAAAAGACGCUGUAAUACUUGGAACGUCUGCUUACGUCUUAACUGUAUACCACGAUCGAGUUGAAAAACUUGACAUAUCUGCACAGUCAUGUUGUGUAUUUAACAAUGAGAUGGUGACUGUCUGUAAACGUGGGAUAUCAUGUAUGAUAGGAGGGAAGAGAGAACUUCUGUCGAAGUUAAGUUCGAAAAUAGAAUUAGUCAACCCAAUAAAAGUUCGAUCGUUGAAAGACAAUGUCGUAGUACUCGAUCGAGACAAGAAAUUAUUAAUUAUCUUAGACAAUCAAUUUAAAGUAAUUAAAGCUUUGAACAUCAAAGAGGCAACUGAUUUCUGUAUUUUGUCAACAACACAAAUAGCUUUACUCUUUGAUAAUUCUAUCAAAAUAUUUAAUCUAGCAAAGAACCCAUUCUUUGAAAAGACUUUCAGUUUACAGUUUGGAAAGGACAAAGUCAAUUUGUUCAAAAUAGAGUGUUCUGAGAAAGAUGGGAGUGUGUCGAUUAUUGGACUCGCUGUCGACUUAAAAACAGUGUAUGCCUUCCCUUUGGAUAAUUUUAAACCCAAUAAAAAGGAUUAA